GCAGAUCGGGAGCGGUGCCGAGAAAAAUUUCCUUACUAGAUGACAUUUCAUCGCAAUGUCCGAUCGUUUGGGGCAAAUAACCAAGGGCAAGGAUGGGAAAAGCAAGUUUUCGACUCUCAGCCUGUUUGAUAAGUAUAAAGGAAAAUCAGUAGACGCGGUCAGAUCCUCAGUUAUUCCUCGACAUGGCUUACAGAGUCUCGGGAAAGUUGCCACAGCCCGGCGCAUGCCGCCACCUGCAAACCUGCCAAGCUUGAAGUCUGAGAACAGAGGAAACGACCCCAACAUCGUUAUAGUUCCCAAGGACGGGACGGGAUGGGCAAACAAGCAGGACCAGCAAGACCCAAAGAGUUCCAGUGCGACGGGCUCUCAGCCGCCGGAGUCGCUGCCGCAGCCGGGUUUGCAGAGGCCUGUCUCCAGCUUACAGAAGCCGACACAGUCGAGCAGCCAGGAGAACACAAAUUCAGUGCCAGGUGGACCAAAGUCAUGGGCACAGCUGAAUGGAAAGCCAGCAGGACACGAAGGUGGUUUAAGGGGCUCAAGCCGACUGUUAUCCUUCUCUCCCGAGGAAUUUCCGACGCUGAAAGCAGCUGGAGGGCAGGACAAGGCUGGCAAAGAAAGGGGCGUCUUAGAUCUGUCGUAUGGGCCAGGACCAAGCCUCCGCCCUCAGAAUGUGACAAGCUGGAGGGAGGGCGGUGGGCGAAACAUAAUUUCUGCCACGUCUCUGAGCGCCUCCCCCCCCGAGCUGGGCAGCAGGAACUCGAGUGCGGGAGACGGAGCCCCCUCCUCGGCGUGUACCGGCGACUCUAAGGACCCCUCUCUGCGCCCGGCUCAGCCUGUCCGAAAAGGGGCUUCACAGUUCACGGGAAAUGUAUACCACCCACCUACAUACCAUGACAUGCUUCCUGCUUUUAUGUGCUCGCCGCAGCCGUCGGAGAGCCAGGGUGCCGUGGAGCGGGGACCUUUCCCCCUCCCCCAGCUCCGCCUCGAGCCCCGGGUCCCUUUUAGACAGUUCCAGAUGAAUGACCAAGAUGGGAAAGAAAGCAGGCUGGGAACGGCGCGGCCCAUCCGCCCGCUGCGGCAGCUGGUGGGGCGGGCGCCGCGGCCCACGAUCAUCAACGCCGAGAACCUGAAGGGCCUGGACGACCUGGACGCCGACGCCGACGCCGGCUGGGCAGGCCUGCACGAGGAGGUGGACUACUCCGAGAAACUGAAGUUCAGUGAUGAUGAAGAGGAGGAGGAAGUUGGGAAGGACGGCAGGCCCAAGUGGGGCAGCCGGGACCCCCGGCGGCAGCGGCAGCUGUCCAUGAGUGCCGCGGACAGCGCUGAGGCUAAGCGUCCCCAGGAGGAGGGAAAGGACUGGGGCGAAGCAGUGGGUGUGGCCCGUGUCGUCCGGAAAGUGCCAGAACCUCAGCCACCUUCUAGGAAGCUUCACAGCUGGGUGUCCGGCCCAGACUACCAGAAGUCGUCACUGGGCAGCGUGUUCCGGCAGCAGUCGGUGGAGGACAAAGAGGACAAGCCACCCCCACGGCAGAAGUUUGUGCAGUCAGAGAUGUCCGAGGCCGUGGAGCGAGCCCGCAGGCGCCGGGAGGAGGAGGAGCGGCGAGCCCGGGAGGAGCGGCUGGCCGCCUGCGCCGCCAAGCUCAAGCAGCUGGACCAGAAGUGCAAGCAGGCCCAGAAGGCGGGCGAGGCCCCGAAGCCGGCGGAGAAGGAGGUGCCCCGGUCCCCGGGCACCGAGAAGGUGCCCCCACAGGAGAACGGCCCUGCUGCCCGCAAAGGCUCUCCUGAGUUUCCUGCCCAGGGAGCCCCCAGCACGUUUUCGGAAGAAGGCCCCGCGGCCCCUCCGGCUGUGGCUCAGAGCGGCAGCGGUGAGGAGGGCACCAGGGAGGCUGGGUCUCCGGCCCAGGAGUUCAGCAAGUUCCAGAAGUCGCUCCCUCCCAGAUUCCAGCGGCAGCAGCAGCAGCAGCAGCAGCAGCAGCAGGAGCACCUGUACAAGAUGCAGCACUGGCAGCCGGUGUACCCCCCACCUUCCCACCCGCAGCGGCCCUUCUACCCCCACCACCCCCAGAUGCUGGGCUUCGAUCCCAGGUGGAUGAUGAUGCCUUCCUACAUGGACCCGCGGAUCCCCCCAACUCGGGCCCCCGUGGAUUUCUACCCGUCCGCCCUUCAUCCCUCCGGACUGAUGAAGCCCAUGAUGCCCCAGGAUUCCCUCAGUGGGACUGGCUGUCGCUCUGAGGACCAGAACUGCGUGCCGCCGCUGCAGGAACGGAAGGUGGCUGCCCUCGAUCCAGCCCCAGUGUGGAGCCCAGAGGGCUACAUGGCACUGCAGGGCAAGGGCUACCCGCUUCCACAGCCGAAAGCCAGCGACACUUUGGCCAUGGACAUGCAUGUCAGGUCCCCCGACGAUGCCUUGCCGGCGGGUCUUGCUUGCAGCAGCGGGAGCAGCCACUACGUGCUGGAGCGGGCCACUCAUGGCGCCUCUGACCUCCCCGAGGCCUCCCGCGAGACGGCAGAGGACGCGGCCAAGCUGGUCGCUCAGAGGGCUGGCGACCAGGGCGAGACCAUGAAGCAGUUCGACCUGAACUACGGAAAUUCCAUCAUUGAGAACUGCGGGUCUAGCCCCGGGGAGGAGAGUGAGGUGGGCGCCAUGGCGGCCGAAGGCUUCAUCGAGGUCCUGACCAAGAAGCAGCGCCGUCUCCUGGAGGAAGAGAGGAGGAAGAAGGAGCAGGCCGUGCAGGUGCCUGUCAAGGGUCGAGGUCUUUCUUCCCGCAUUCCUCCUCGGUUUGCCAAAAAGCAAAACAACUUGUGCCUGGAGCAGGGUGACGUGACUGUGCCCGGGAGCAGCCUGGGCACGGAGAUCUGGGAGAGCAGCAGCCAGGCGCUUCCCGUCCAGGCCCCAGCCAACGACUCCUGGAGUAAAGCCGCCGCUGCCUUCAACAGCGCCGAGCCUGGCUCGGCUGAGCAGGGUUUUAAGAGCAGCCAGGGGGACAGCGGCGUCGACCUGAGCGCUGAGUCCCGGGAGUCGUCCACGACCUCGUCCCAGCGCAGCUCCCCGUACGGCACCCUCAAGCCGGAGGACGUGAGCGGGCCUGGCCUGGAGCCCAAGGCUGACGGCCACAAGGAGCAGGCGCAGAAGCAGCCUGAGCCAAAGGACUCAGAUCAAGGCUCAGGACAGAGCAAGGAGCACAGACCCGGCCCCAUCGGCAAUGAGCGCUCUCUGAAAAACAGGAAGGGCUCUGAGGGGGCCGAGCGGCUGCAGGGAGCCGUACCGCCCGUUAACGGCGUGGAGAUCCAUGUGGACUCGGUGCUGCCGGUGCCGCCCAUCGAAUUCGGAGUCAGUCCGAAAGACUCGGAUUUCAGCCUGCCACCGGGCUCGGCCUCCGGUCCCGCGGGGAACCCGGUCGCCAAACUUCAGGAUGCCUUGGCCAGUAACGCGGGGCUAACGCAGAGUAUUCCCAUCCUGCGGCGCGAUCAUCACAUCCAGAGGGCCAUCGGCCUCUCCCAAAUUUCCUUCCCCACCGCCGACCUCACCCUGAAGAUGGAGUCCGCACGCAAGGCCUGGGAAAAUUCACCCAGUUUGCCAGAGCAGAGCUCCCCGGGAGGCGCGGGCUCGGGCAUCCAGCCCCCAUCCUCUGUGGGCGCCUCCAGUGGCGUCAGCUACAGCUCGUUCGGCGGAGUCUCCAUGCCGCCCAUGCCCGUGGCCUCCGUCGCACCGUCUGCUUCUCUUCCAGGUAACCACCUCCCGCCCCUGUACCUGGACGGCCACGUGUUUGCAAGUCAGCCUCGGCUGGUUCCGCAGACGAUGCCUCAGCAGCAGAGUUACCAGCAGGCCGCCGCUGCCCAGCAGAUCCCAAUUUCCCUCCACACGUCUCUGCAGGCUCAAGCCCAGCUCGGACUGAGGGGCGGGCUCCCCGUCUCCCAGUCUCAGGAGAUCUUCAGCUCCUUACAGCCCUUCAGAUCUCAGGUGUACAUGCACCCCAGCCUGUCGCCGCCCAGCACCAUGAUCCUCUCUGGAGGCACAGCCUUGAAGCCCCCCUACUCGGCCUUCCCGGGCAUGCAGCCCUUGGAGAUGGUGAAGCCCCAGUCCGGCUCCCCCUACCAGCCCAUGAGCGGAAACCAAGCCCUGGUCUACGAGGGCCAGCUCGGCCAGGCUGCCGGCCUGGGCGCCUCGCAGCUGUUGGACUCCCAGCUCCCACAGCAGCUGACCAUGCCGCUGCCGGGCUCCCAGCUGCCUCUGCCACGGUACGGCUCCGGGCAGCAGCCCCUGAUCCUGCCGCCGUCCGUCCAGCUGCCGCAGGGGCAGAGCCUUUCUGUCGGGGCCCCCCGCCGAAUCCUUCCGCCUGGGUCCCAGCCUUCGGUCCUCAACACCAGCAGAGAGUCCUCUCAGAUGGAGAUGAAGGGCUUCCACUUUGCCGACAGUAAACAGAAUGUUCCUCCAGGAGGCUCCGUGCAGUCACCACAGACUUACAGGCCUAGCUCUGCUAGCCCCAGUGGGAAGCCCUCUGGAUCAGCAGUUAACAUGGGCUCUGUGCAGGGACACUACGUUCAACAGGCCAAACAGCGAGUGGAUGAGAAGCCCAGCUUGGGAGCCGUGAAACUGCAGGAGGCGUCCUCGGCCGCCCCCCAGAUGAAGCGAACCGGAGCCAUCAAGCCUCGGGCGGUCAAAGUGGAGGGGAGCAAGGCCUGAAGGUGCUUGGCCACGCCUCACCACCCCCUCCUCGAGGACAGGGCCGCCGCUCGGCUCGGACAUCUCCCCAGAUCCGCCGUCGAGGCACCUGGCCCGGGCUGAGAGACCUCCCUUCUCUUCUCCGCUCCCGAAAGCCCCGUCGUGCAGCCAGCUUGUCCCCGUGGAUCUGUGACAUUGACCUGCUCGCUUUAAUACGGAACAAGCAAGCAAGCAAACGACCCCGUCCCCACGUCGUCCCCGCCUCCUUUCCACCGUGACUCUGGAGUGACUCCCGCCUUCGUGCAGUACAGAUGACCCCGUCCCCCGCCCGCCCCGCGGGGUCCUCGCCUUCUCCAGCGCCUUCUCCAGUCGCCCCCGGCCUCCCUGGCCCCGGGCGCAAUGGUUUUGCAGCAGCGCCAUUGUAGUUGGAGGCUUUUUGUUUUAAAAAGCAGCUGAAGUUUUUACAAAGGAGUCAAGGAAAAGAAAAAAACACAAGCUAUGUCUGCGUAGCUGAACUUUCCUACUUCGCCAUCAUCCCCCUCACCCGUCUGUUCGGUACUGCGCUCCCCUCGCACCUGCAUCUUGGGCUCCCCCCACGCCCCCGCGCUUCCUCCGUGGGUUCCCCGGGGCCCGCAGAGACGUGGCGGGCACCCCGGGGGCAGCCACAGGCGUGGGAGCAGCACGCAAGACUGGGGCGGUGUCACGGUGGGGUUCCAGCCUCUGGCCUGAGGACCGCUGGGGCCCAGAGCCGGCCUGGGGAAGCCGAUGACCUUUUUAGCGUAGGAAUCAUGCAGAGUUUCUGUCCCAGACUCUUCAACAGCCAGUGGGCGUGCAGACCCCUGGGCACCCGAGGUAAAUCCUGGAGGCACACCAUCACUGGCGUUUUCCAGGCUGACCUGGACGGUGCUGGCCCCGCCGCGCCUCCGCAUCUGGGGCUCCAGCACCUGGGGGCUGCCGUUGGACCCGCAUGCCCUUCUCAAAGCCUUCCAUGACGUGCCCUCCUCUUUUCUUCCUGAGCCCGUGUCUUGUCUGGAUUUUCCUGUCCCGCCACCUUUCACCCAGCUCAUCCCUGGAGACCUCGAGGCCCCUUCUCAUGGGGACAGGGGCACUCGGACGGUUGUCUGCCUGGGUCUCGGCAGAGGCGUGUGCGUGGAAGGCCGCGGGGAGGGGUCCCUUUCUCUCCUUUUUUAUGUUUUUGCUCCCACUGGCAGCCCCAGUGGUUGGGACAGAGGCGCUGUGAGCGGGGCUGUGGGUGUCCAUCUCUACAGACGGCCGGGGCCAUGUCCCAGGGCAGGGUGGAUGGAGGGUCUGACCCAUUGGUCCUCAGCAGCCAUGGGCGGCGCCGGGGUGGGGAAGAGACAGCCUCUGAAGUCUGCAGCGAUGCCUCUCAAGAAAUGUCUGUGUGAGCCGUUUUAUGCUGUUUUUUUUUUGUUUCUUUUUAAAACAAGAACUAGAAGGAAAUCGUCCCCGGUUUUGUCAUUCCAGGGAGAGGGAAGGGAAGUGUCGAGUUUUGCACGUGCUUCGCAGAGCGACUAACAGGCCAGCCGUCCGCCUUGCUGAGCUGCCCCCACUGGCGGCUCCCUGGGGGACCUGGCUCAGAGGACAGGCAGCCAGUGGGCGGGGAUACGCCCCACGGAGUCCCCCAAGUGCCACCGCAGACGUGUGACGCCCUGUGGCUCUGAGCUGUGUGUCAGUGUAGACCCGGGUAGGACAGGGCCUUAGGAAGUGCGCGCAGACUCCUGGUCGCUGUUCCUCGUCCUGGCCGCGAGGGUGCCGGGCGUCUGCGGGGCUCGUGUGCAGCUUCCCGCGGUCCCCCUCCCGCCUCCAUCCUCUGACCUCUGACCUCGCUAACCAGCCGGGUCACUUUCAUGCCUGAAUCCUUACCCCGAGGUCCCUUCUCGAAGGGCCACUCACUUGAUGAGUCGCCUGCCCUUGCCCAACCCAUGUGCGCACCUGCUCUUUCUCUGCCCUGCAAGCGUGUGACUGCUGUCCCUGUGCCCAGCUGCCCUGCCCACCGCUCCCCUCCGCCACCGCCUGCCCCUGCAGGAGUCCCCCUCGCGCACCGCUGCCUGCACACUUGGAAGUGCGGCCACACCUCACGCCUAGUUCCGGCGCACGUUGCACGUCAAAUGGAGAAAAGGUUUUGUCGUCUUGAGAUUCAACAGAACAGUCCUGGAUGCUGUGAGAAACUCCAGGUGCACCCCGCAGGCCAGCCUGCAGUCAGAGUGACAGUCCUCCCCAUCUGAGAACACAUGGAAACACAAGGUCGCCUGUUCUCCAGCCCUUCUCUCUACCCCUGUAUUUUCUCUCCCCCCCCCAAUAAAAAGAAGAAAACACUAGAAUUUAUUUAUAUGUAUUGAUGUUGUAGGUCUAGGCGAAAACCAGUAAAUGUUUCACUGCUCUAUUUAUAUAUAAUGUCUGAAUUAUUCUGUGCAGGAAAGGCCAGGAAAUUGCAUGUGAAGUUCGUGCAUUCACCACCUCCGUGUGCCCGAGCUGUGGUCUCUUUCCCACUAAGUUGCAGAUUUUAAAUUGGACUUGGGGCAGAGGGCAGACUUGGCCUUCCCGGCGGCCCGUCCAUUCCUUGGUCUGAUGAAAUGCAGUUUUUAGUGCAGAGGUGUUUUAAGGUGCAAUAUCCCUUCCUUUCAUGUGGUUUUAGAACCAAGCUCAAGGUUAAAUGGGGCUUGGGGUCUUAUGUUGGUUUCAGACCGUCAUCCUCAGAGCGCAUAUCCAUGCAGAGGCCUCUGCGGAAGCCGUGGGGCCUUUGGAGGGAACAGGAGAAGACCAGCACUUACCUUUUAUGCUGCUGGGACUGGGGGGAGGGAGCGGGUCACAGCUCUCUCGCUGUACCUUUGCCUCCGUUCAGAUGCCCUUGAUGGUGCCGCCCGUUGCUGGGCAGCUGGCGACCCCGCAGUCGUGUCUGUCCAGCGUCUGCGAGCUCGCAGAGCAAGGCGGUGGGGUAUCCAGAGGCAUUCACCCACUGAAAUCCUCGCUGCCGGUUGUGUUCGGUCUAGUUUUCUUUACUGUUGUUUCGUCCCCCCUUUAAUCCACAUCACUAUUGUUUUCAAACUUGGCAUUCAUACACUUCUGGCUCUGGGUUCCUCGGCGGAAAACAAGGAUGACCUAUGCAUUCAGAAAUGAGUUGGCUGAGUUCCAGAGCUGUGGCCAUCCCGCCACUUGUGGGGAAAUUGGGGUCUUGUUCUAUACUGACGCCGGCUCCCUCCAACUAGGCCCUCGCCCUCCCGUCCUCAGGAUCUGCCUUCUGGGUGGCUGAUGAGGUUUGUGAGUGAUGCUUAGAGCCAAGGAGGUGGAGGGUCCCAGGGCCAUGUUCAGAGACGGCCCACUGAGGCAGCAGGUGGCAGACCCGUAAAGCCCCUCCCUGUUCUGUUCCCUUCCACCAAGCGGCUGCAUGUCGCCUGUCAAAUCUGUAUCGGUCCCUUCACGCUUCUUGCAGAGCAAGCCUGGGUGAGAAGGUCUGUUGGAAAUGGCCUUUCACAACCAAGGACACUGCACAGUGUCUCUGCUUUGUCACGUUCUGUGAUGACUGGGAAAUGGAGACUUCCGGAAAGCCAGCUCCUCCUGCUUGAACAAGGCAGACGGACCUAAGAGCUCACCUGGAACAGGGUGGCUCAGUGUUGGGGUCCCUGACACUGUCCCCUAGCUAUGCACUCCUCCGGGACCGCCAGCGCUCUAUCCGGCUAGUGAUCUUCCACUUGCACCAUUUCUCCACCUGGCUGGGUGGCAGUGGCCCCGGGACCCUUGUCUUCAGCAUGUGAUGAAGCCUCAGAGUGGAGAUUUCUGUUCAGGCCUUGCGUGGAUGACUUUCUGCCAUUGUUCCAAGGGGAUACUGUGCUCUUAAGCUUUUGACCUCAUGCCUUGCAGAGUAAAUGGGUUUGGGUUUUUUGUUGUUGAAGAGGGUUGUGUUUUUUGUUCCUUUUUGUUUUUAUUUUGGCCUUUUCCUCUCUUUGUCUUUUCAUGUAGACCAGAUAUUUGAAAGGGCAGACGAUGGCUAAAGGUGUAAUGUGCAGCUUGUUUAUACAUUUUUUGGGAAGCUUUUGCCUUGGAUGGGAACCGGAAUCAUGGAUUCAGCAGGCCAUGGUGGCACACUCACCCUCCGCCCAUUCCCUCUGGAUCAGUACCUAUUGUUUCUCCUUUCAAAUAUGUGAUUGUACUAGCUCUUUCCAUAUGAAAGAAUUCUCCUUAUUUAAAUAAAAAAAAAAAAGGCCCCAAA